AUGGUGAUUGAUAUUGCUCCUCAGCAACAUUUACCUGAAAUUUUUAGUACUACUCAUGCUCAUCAUCGUUCAUCAUCAUCAUCUACACAUAAACGAAAUUCAACAACGACAAAUCCAACAUCAAGUAAUAAUACAAUGACAAACGGUCAUCGACUUAUGACUGAUGAACUUAGUAAAAAAGCCGAGCAAAUUCUUGGACAUGCACCAGCUGUUGUAGAUUAUCAUCGACAACCAAGUAUCGAUUUUUCUACUCAACAUGCACCUCGAUUAAAUAUCAGACUUUCACAAUCACGAACUAAUAAUCAUCAAGUUUCUCCUGUUACAAAUUCGAAUCAAACGAUUAUUGUAGGUUGA